UGGUUUCAGAAAACAAUAUGGCCGCUCCCAGCUGGGAGGGGUGCCCGCGGGUUAGAGAGGUGCAAGCGGGUCUGGGAGCCCUCAGUGGCGAGCGGGAGGCGCCUGAGCGGCCGUGAGUUUGGGGCUGGACGCUGCGCAGCUGGAGCGGCCCGUCUUUGCCGAGGGUGCCAAUGGCGGGCAGCGUGGACGAGGAGGCUCUGCACCAGCUGUACCUUUGGGUAGACAACAUCCCUCUGUCCCGGCCCAAGAGAAAUCUCUCCCGGGACUUCAGUGACGGAGUCCUGGUCGCAGAAGUCAUCAAGUUUUACUUCCCCAAGAUGGUGGAGAUGCACAAUUAUGUCCCUGCCAACUCUCUCCAGCAGAAGCUCAGCAACUGGGGUCACCUGAACAGGAAGGUGCUGAACAAGCUGAAUUUCUCAGUGCCGGAGGACGUGAUGCGCCAGAUCGCGCAGUGCACCCCAGGCGUGGUGGAGCUGGUGCUCAUUCCACUGAGGCAGCGUCUAGAAGAGCGGCAGAGGCACAGGAAGCAAGGCACAGGCUCCUUACAGGAGCUGGCUCCCCAGGAUGGCACUGGCUACAUGGAUGUGGGUUUGUCCCAGAAGGCCCAAGGGGAAGGUGCCUUGAACCCCCAGAGAGGGGGACAGCUCAGCUGGGACCACCCCAGGGGACCCCGGCCUCCUGGGCGUAGCCAGGGGCGGCAUGGCGACCCCAGCCUCAUCCUCCAGAUCGCUGAAAAGGAGCAGGAGCUGUUGGCCUCUCAGGAGACUGUGCAGGUCCUCCAGAUGAAGGUGAGGCGCUUGGAGCACCUGCUCCAGCUCAAGAACGUGCGCAUCGACGACCUCUCCCGCCGGCUCCAGCAGGCGGAACGUAAGCAGCGGUGAGCGGCUGCUCAGGACGCCCGGGGACGCCCCAGUGUCUGCCAGAGCCCUGAUACUGCGGGACGCACCCACGGACUGACAGACUAAUGGGGCGGGCGGGUCCAGCGGCUCCAUGAGCCUCUUGGGG